AUGCCCAAAGAGAACAGGCAGCGCGGUCGACUACAGAACAAGAAAAGAAAGAGAGACGAGUACGAGAAGGGCAAGAUCGACAUUACGAGGCAUCACUCGGCACAUCCACUUCCCACCACUGACGCGGGAGACGGUGAGGCCGAGAUCGAGAUCCAGGUCCAGGGCGAGGCCGGAGAUGAAUUCAUCAGCUUCGGCCAGCCGACCACUCCAGCUCGGAGCGCUGUCGAUGACCGACCUUUCUAUGGCCUGCUCGAUGAGCAAGAACAGGCGUACUACACCGAUGUGAAUGCGAAGCUCGAGGCGAACGAUUUUGGUUCACCCGAAGACAAGGCGAUUUUCCUUGAUGCGGUAUAUCGUGAGUCCCAGGGUAAGGAACUCAAGAUUGCCAGCAGUCAAUCGUGCUCUAGGUAUCUGGAGAAAUGGAUCCGGAUCUCCAGUGCGGAACAGGUGAGGAGAUGGUUUGGGAAAUUCGUCGGUCACUUUCUGCAGCUGGUACAGCAUCGAUUUGCAAGUCAUUGCUGCGAGGCACUGUUCUUGAAGGCUGCCCAAUUCGUGGCGGAAGACAAAGCGGAAUGGGAGCAGGAUGGCGGCACACUUUCUCUCGAGCAGCUCUUUCUGGCGGUCGUAGAGGAGCUGCAACCAAAUCUGGGCUAUUUGUUGACGGAGCGAUUUGCUUCUCAUGUUGUGCGGGUUCUUCUGCUGGUGCUGUCAGGAGAGCCCUUGAACGAUAUAUCCACCGUCUCCGUUCUCGCAAGUCGAAAGAAGGAGAAGAUCGAGGCCUACUCAAAUGGCGAGGAGAGUAAUCCAGUGGCAUCGAGAAAGGUGCCGCCAUCAUUCCAUGAGGCGCUCAGCAGAUUGAUAUCGAGCUCUGUCGCUACUCUCGACACAACUUACAUCCGAGCACUAGCGACACACCCUACUGGCAACCCCACGCUCCAACUACUCCUUCGGCUAGAACUUGUGUCAGGUGGAAAAUCCAGGGCAAAACAUGCUGAUUCCGUCUUGCACAGACUUCUUCCGGACGAGUCGCUAGAGGAAGACAGCGAGAGCGCCAAAUUCGUCCAAGGUUUGAUGUACGAUCCUACCGGAAGCAGGCUGCUCGAGACAAUCAUUCAGAAUGCUCCUGGAAAAAUGUUCAAAAGGCUGUAUGGCAAUCUACUGAAGCAGCGGAUUGGUGCCAUGGCAAAGAAUGACAUUGCAAGCUAUGUGGCUAUUCGAGUCCUGGAGAGACUCAGCAAAGAGGAUCUACAAAGUGCAAGAGAUGAGAUUCUCUCGGAAAUGUCGACUUUGGUAUUUCGCAACAGAAUAGGCAUCAUUAAGGUUCUUGUGGAACGAUGCAAGAUUCGACAUGUGGAUAUUGGGCCUGUUGUGGCAGCUCUACAAGCGGCUUACGGCGACAAUUCUGGGGAUUUGCUACUAAGAAUGCUAAAAUUGUUGCCCACCGGCGAGAUAGCAGAACAACCUGAUACUCGGCAGAAGCAGCCAGAGGACGGAAAUGUGGAGAAAACAGCCGAUAUUCACGGCUCACUUCUAGCUCAAACUCUGCUCCAAAGCCCAACUGCAUUCCCCCUCAUCCACCAAGGCCUUCAAUCCCUUUCCAGCGACGUCCUCCUCCGUCUCGCAAAGGACCCCUCUGCAUCCCGAGUCCUUCAACAAUCCCUCACCUCUCCCUGCUCCAAUCCCCAGUCCAACCGCAAACUCAUCCUCAGGUUCUACGGCCACAUGGCUGACCUAGCUAUGGAUAUCAGUGGUUCCCACCUCGCCGACGUGUUGUGGUGUGCAACGAAUGGCUCGCAUUUCAUGAAAGAGCGGCUUGCUGAAGAGUUACGGGCUGCUGAGGGUCAACUUCGGGAGUCGAGGUAUGGAAGGACAGUGUGGAGGAAUUGGCAUAUGGAUGUUUACCUGAGGAGGCCUGGAGAGUGGCAGGCGAUGGCGAAGGAAAGCGUGGCAGAGCAGGCGAACGGCGAAGAAGAUGGGACGAGUAAGAAGAGUAGAUUGGAGCUGGCGAGGGAGCGGUUUGCGGAAAAGAAAGGGAGAAGGCAACGACUUGGUGGGAGGACGGAUGUGGUGCCUGCUAACGCCUGA